GGGGGAACCUUUGCUCCGUGACGACGAACAUUUUAUUGUAGCGGACCAACAUGGCCGCGCUGCGGAGCGUAACAAGCUACCUUCGUCUCCUCAGGAGUUCUGCUCGAGUCCUGCUCAGCAGCAGAAAACCUGCAGUCCAUAAACCAGGCCAAUGGACAAGUAUUGUGUACAGAAGUGUAGCGUCUUUAACCGUCGGCGGUGGGCUGUGUGCUGUACCUUUCAAACAGGCUGACACCCUCUCGCACGACUCUCUGAUCAGACGAGCAGCCUCUCUGGUAACAGACAGUUCGAGCACUUUUCUCUCUCAGGCCACCUUGGCUCUCAUAGAUGCCAUAACAGAGUACUCAAAGGCUGUGCACACACUCAUUGCUCUCCAAAGACGGUAUUUAGAUUCACUGGGAAAACUGACUCAAGCAGAAGAGGAUACAAUCUGGCAGGUGAUCAUUGGCCAGCGUGCAGAGGUUAAGGACAGACGAGAGGAAUGCAACCGUUUUGAGUUAACCUGGGUCAACGCAGUCAAGCUGUGUGAAACUGCAGCGGAGGCGGCAUACACCUCAGGAGCUGAACAUGCGUCCAUCACAGUGAGGACGAACAUCCAGGUGGCCCAGUCGCAGGUGGACGAGGCACAGAAAGUGUCAGUGGAUGCGGAUAAGAAGAUGGCCGAAGCUAAAGUAAUGGAGGUUGAAAGGAUGACACAAUAUGCAGGCUCCUUACAGAAUGAUGAGGAAGAAGUGCCAGAGGCUUACUUAAGAGAAGACUGAAAGGGUAUCAAAAACAAAAGAAAGCAUAAAAAGCUCAUGUUCAAAGUAAAUAAAAUAACUUUUUUUCAUCCUACAAUUGUCUUUCCUUUUCUUUUUGAGUCUGUCACAAGUUUGAACUCUUUGAUAGGGCUGUUUGAUAUGGUAAUGACAUCAUAUUGCAAUUGCAAUAUGAUUUCAGAUUGUUGUGGGAAUUAUCCUUUUUGCAUCACAAAUUUAGUUUUCACCAAAAAAAAAAACGAUUAAAAUUAUGAUGAUGUGCAAUUUUGGGGAGUCUGUACCAAACAAACAUGUGUCUUAAAUCUGGAGAAUAAGAUUCAUAACUACAGUUUUUUCAUUCCAAUGGUGUUUGUCACACAUUUUACCAAAAUGUUGUAGCUUUUUUUUUUUUAUUGAUAACCAUAGCUGAAGAGUGACAGGAAUGACACGCAGCAAAGGGCCACAGGUUGGAUUUAAACCCACGGCUGCUGCAGCAAGGACUAUUGUUUAAAGAUAUGGGGCGACAGCUCUACCAGGUGAGCUAUUAGGCUAUUUGUUUUAAUUGUUUUAAAUUAUGUUUAUCAAAUGCUUCUGCAGCAUAGGUGAUGUUUUCUCUCCAAUGUUUAUUGUAUUGUGACCUGACUAGCAUCUGAUUUUUGUGUUCUAUUUUGUCCAAAUUCAGUGUAAUAAAGUCAAAUACACAAUACGAACAUA